AUGCCAGAACCGGGUUUGGGAAAGGCAGACGAGCUUGAGGUUAUCGAGGCAUUUGAGGCCACUGAAGUACUCGAGACCGUUGAAGAACUUGACCUCACACUGGCAUUGCUAGAACCAUACGAUGUGCCAGAGCCAGGUCUGGGCAAGGUAGAUGAGCUUGAGGUUACCGAAGCGUUUGAGAUCGUCGAAGAAGCUGGUGUCACAUUGGACAUUCUGGAAGGCACAGCAGUUCCUUUGCCUGACUGUGGCGAAGACUUGCGGGAGCCAUGUUCGGGCAUGGUAGACGCUCUUGAGCUGAUCGAAGAGCUUGAGGUCCUUGAAGAACUUGAUUCCACGUCAACAUUGCUGGAAGACAAAGUGGAUUUAGAAAAUCCAGAUGGAAUGGCCGAGAGAAUCGUAGAAGAAUAUGCGGAUGAUAAUAGCCGCGAAUCAGAUUCCCUGAAUGCUGAUGUCUUGGUCCUGUGCCUAAUAUGCGUAGAUUGA